AUGCUCGAGCGUGCUGCAGCAUGUGUUGAGCCUGCAUCACAGGUGUUUUUGCACCGUCUCGAACCUCCCCUUCGCUCCUGCCGUCUUCUCAACCCAAAUUUUUUCAAGAACGGGCACAACAUCCCGGAAACUUCACCAUGGUGGCCGCUGUACCUCAACUCGGUGCGGCAGGUGCCACAAGAUCGACGCACUGCUCGAGCAACCUCUCGCCCUAUCUCCAGACCGUCAGAUUCGUUUGCAAGGGACGAAACAUCGCGGUAUCAGGCCGCGAAACCUUGUGCCGCGAGAUUGCGUCGACGCCCGUCGUAUCGGACGUAUUCGCGGACCGCAAACAAAAGUGUGGAAGCUGGAAACGCCGAAGCCAUUGUAGCAGCCGACGAUAAACUCGAUUUUCCCGGGCAUAGUUUGGGCAACAGUGAUGCUGGCUUGGGACAAGAGGAGCGCUUGCGGCCUGCUGAGUAUAUGCGGCCGGUGAGCCUGGCUGAACGACAGCUCAAAGAUCUCCUGCAGGCUGGCACGUUCCCAUCGGCUGGUGGUGGACGUUCUUUAUACGAUGAAAUAUGGGAGCUGUUCGUUGCCUUGCCUGAUCAGGUGCCUUUCGCAUCCCGCGUACUGCAUCAUUUGGCGGCUUCAACAGGCCCGGGUGAUAUGAACCAUGCCUUGUCGGCAUUUGCGAUCAUUCCCACGGAAGAUCGUAGCGACUACGACUACAGGAUAGCUACGCAGGUGGCUGUACGCCGGAAGCGGUAUGCGCUUGUCCUCCAGAUUUGCAAAGAAGCGAUGGAGAGAGGCCUGGGUGAUUCCAGUCGCCAGAUCGGGCUUCUGAGUUUCCUGAGAGCAGAUUUGUACAAGAAUGCGGCUCGACUCUGGCAAGACUGCUGGACCCAGGACGACGUCCUCGAUUGCGGUCGUUACGUACCCAGCAGAUCGCUGGAACUGCUCGACAAUAGCACUGAUCUACCUGACAUAUUCACAAAACUGCAUGAGCGCUUGCAGCAUGCAGAUGCGCUCCUGAGUACUCCUGAUAGGGAUUGUCUUGAGGGAAUUGCAAGAGGUCUUUCCUGGCGGAUCGUUGGAAGUGGUAAGAUUAUGGCUGUUGUGACACUAGAGGGGCUUCUUGCGACAUUCGACCGUCUAGAUCGCGUUCAACAGCUCAAUUCACGACACCUGGUACAAUCUAUUCAGACGCUCAACUCUUCCCGGUCGCCUCGGAACCGGCACGACCUAGCGAUCGCGCUAUAUCGGAACCUCCGCUUACGAUUCAAUAAUGCUCCAGUGCCAAAAAUGAUAUUGCACGGGCUCCUGUAUCUGUGCUACAAGGCUAGGGAACAACGCCAGGCCUUUACUUAUCUCCUGGAUGAGCUCAGGCGUCCUUACGUGUCCUGGCCCCGAGGGCACGCCUCGCAAGGAUGUCCUGGCAGAGAUGAAUACAUUAUCGCGCUCAGAGGCCUGGCCUGGCAAGGAGACGCUGAAGGCGUUGAGGAGAUCUACUCCGAUUUUGCCGCAGACCACGGGAAUCCCAAGACCACCGCCGAGGUCUUGCCAGCACUGUAUGCGUAUGCAAUCCUUGGAGACGCCAACGGAACUCAGAAAGUCUUCGACAACCUCGAGUCUAGAUGGGGUUUCGCACCUGACCUCCUUUGUUGGAAUACCUUGAUGUUUGGUUAUGCAAGGUCAGACGAACCACACCGAGCUUUCGAUGUCCUGGACUUGAUGGCCCAGCACAACAUCAAGCCCAAUGCUUAUACAUACGGGAUACUCGUGAGUCUCUGCGCCUCUGUGGGUGACGCAUCAACUGUUCUUUCUUUGCUGGGAAUGGCGACUCAGCAGGGGAUCGCAGAACUCGGGCCUUUGCUCACUAGCUUGGUCCAAGUGCAUUGUCUGAACGGAGAAAUCGAAAAAGCCGAAGAGGUCGUUAUGAACCUCGACCAAUUUAAGCUGGGAGAGUCAACUAUCAGGAUCUGGAACGAACUAUUACGGUACCACGCAUACCAAUCCGAUGAAUCCGCGGUGCUUGAUCUUCGAGAAAAGAUGAAAGAUGCAGGAGUCAAGCCCGAUGAAAUGACUUACGCCACGGUCAUGGCCUCGUUGAUCCGAACCAAGAGGACCAAAGAUGCUCUUCAGAUUCUCAGAUCGCUACAUUUCAAUUCUACAAUCUCGGCAACACCCUUUCUGUAUUCCCUCAUCGUGCAUGGCUUUCAGAGAGAAGGAAACCGGGACAUGACCAACGCCCUCUACAAAGAGAUGAAGCAAAGGUUUCCGACUGUCAGUCCCAGCGCUAAGUUGUCUAUGCUAAGGUCUGAGCAAGACCGAGGCUUCCUGAAAACACGCCAGCAUGUUGCUCGAUCUGGGCAGAGCGUUGGGAUUGUGCUCGAUGAUGCUCUGGAAUUCUUGCAACAAUUUGGCGGAUACGAGGCAACCGACAGAGCAACAAAAGAUCCUCAACCUGGGUUUCAUCGCCGCAAUCCUCGUGAAGCCGUACCGUCGAUUUACACCGAGGCGGUUUCAGAAGCUCUUGCGAUGAACAGAAAGCCUUUGCAAGCCGGAGAGCUGAUGAGAUGGUACGAUGAGACGGUUAAGCCUGUCACUGAUACUGCCGAGAACGUUCGCAUCCUUACUACGCGCAUGCUUGUCGCCGCAAGGCAAUAUCAACGAAAUGAAGUGGAUCGUCUCUGGGGACAAAUUCUGCACGCCGGCAUCAGAUCUAGUGUCCCACCGUUGCAGCUUCGGCAGAUCUCCUUUUCUCUAGCGACAAACUUUGCAAAACCUGAGCAAGUCAUGCAGGAAUUGAUUGCCAAGCUCAAAGACGCCGAUAUUGCAAUUCUCCCAGCACAGCGCUUUGCGCUCAUGUUGCCACUAUCAAGGUUCAUCUCCACGUUGAAUGAGGAGGGUCGACACUCGGAGUUGAUAUCGGUGAUGGAGCUUUUCCCACAGCUUGGGUUUUCGAUCACAGGAAAGAACUGGAAUCACUACGUCCAGGCUCUGUGUAAUUCGACUGAUCCGGAGCAUCAGCUGCUAGCGUUCUCUGUUUUUGAGCAAGUCCUGUUGCCGAAUAUGCCGUCCUUCCGUCUUUUGGUAAAGGGCCUUUGGAUCGAACCUUCGACAGAGAGGACACCUGGGGGCGUCCCUGUGUCGAGGAAGCUGUUACAACGGCUGCAACCAGGGAAAGCUGUUCCCGAGUAUGAGACUUGUGUCUGGUUAACCAGCACCAUGAGGCAUUUCCAGAGAAUGGCACGGCUAUCGUCAUAUCAAGGUGAGGAACCCGGAUCCUCUGGCACUCAACCUACUUCCUACUACGCCGAGACUCUCGAAAAGCGUCACACGGAGGUGGCUUGGCGCAUGAGCAAACUUCCUUUUCUGAAGGAUCGUGUUCAACGGAUCCUGCUCCAUCAGAAAGGUCCGGUGUACGGUUCGCCUAUUUUCAACCAGAAUCUUGAUAUGCAGGAUCACGGCAUAACCGCGUCCAGGUCCAUUCUUGAUCAAUUACCCGUGGAAAGCGUUGACUGGGUAUCUCGCGCACUUGCCUCCAGGCCACAACGCACUGCCGAAAGCAUGGCCACGGAUAUCAGGCUUGCUGAGGAAGCUUUGGGUGAAAUUGUCCGCACGCCCUUGUGGCUCGACUACGAGAAGCGAUGGGAGGAUGAGAGCGAGGUUCAUGCUCGUACUCAACGCACAGAAUUAGAGUACUUGGAAUUGGUGGAGCGGAUGGAGCGGAAUGUCAAACAAUCUCGUCUGGUGAUGAAUGAGGACGUGGGAGACCCAGUGCAUCAGACACCUUGGACUGCACUCACCGGAAAUGACUCCAGUUCGGCUGACCAGAAGCUCUUCAAAUCAGCUAGUAACAUGCUGCGCCAGUCAGGAAAGGCGCCAUCUGACGCUUCACUGCCGAAGUCUAUACCUCAGACGCCAUCCAACCUAGAUCAGCAUGUCGACCCUGAGGCGAAAGCGGAACUUCUUGCCGCGCGUGCUCGGCUGCCACGUCGUCGCGUCAAAAACACCUACGCUCUCUUUAAUCCGCUCUUGCCGCCACCCGUAUCAAGACGCGUCCAGCGUGCUUUUGCAGGUGCCAAAGCCAAGCGCCGGGUCAGACUCAGAGAUAUUCAGCGAGCUCAAGCCGCAGCACCCACGGAGGGAGAUGGUCUUGAUGAGAAUCAGAAAUCACUGGCCACUGGCAUUGACCUCUUUGUCCGUCUACGAGACGAGCAGCUUCGGCUUGACCAAGAGAUGCAGAAGCGGUCGAGUGAGCUUGAACGAGUGCAGAAGGAGCAGCUGAGCCGAACCAGUGGCAGCAUGCUGGAUGGCGGGGCGCCGGUGAGCGAGAAUGUGUGGCGCAUGUGGCCGGAUAGCUUCCCCCUUGUACAGCCCGUGCCGUCUCAGCACAGGGAGAUGCCGGCAAUGCGAAGCACCGACGAUGCGAGAUCAUCUCCUGCUCCACCAACGCCUGAGGCGCCUGAGCCAAACUGGCAGAGCACGAGCAUGUCUCAGGACGAAAAAAGCGCAGAAGAUGAUCCCGGCAAGUGGCCGAGUAUUUUCUCGCCGUUCGGCCUCGAAGACGAGCGUACUCAUGUGUCUCAUCAAGGCGCCGGCAACGACGACCACGGUGCGAGAGUCGAGGUCAGAACUCACAAGAAGCACAUGAGCAAAAAAGAGAAGAAACGGGCCAAGGCCGAGCAUCUCGCUAGCUUGAGAGAAGUCCGAGGCAAGCCUGACGACUUGGAGCCGACUGAGAGUCCCCCAGGACCGAAUGAGAAGCAAGAAAGCCAGAAGCACAGAAAGGAGAAUGAUGACGGCGACGACUCUAGGCCGUUUGGAGGCUGGAGUGAGGGUGGGAGCGGCUUCAAGUUCUGA